AUGCUCCACCCUGUGGCCUCAGAACUUGAAGAUGAGGUGCUGCAGGUGUUGCAUGACCGCUUAGCCCAUUUGAGUUUCUUCGAUAGCCUUCGGCGGCGUGUGCCUGCUGUGGGAACCCAGGAGAUGCACCCGCAGCGAUUGCUCCUUCUCUACAUGGUCGUGGUGGGCAGCGACAUGCUUGGUGCGGAGUGGCUUGCUGGCGAUGGAGACUGCAACGCAGACAAGAAGAAUCUGUUGGCGGAGUUGCAACUCUGUUACAGUCCUGGCACAGGGGGGUUUCAUCCUGAGCCCGUGCUCGCGUACACUACGAGCGCCACGCUGACCAUGACACAGUGUGCUCUUCACGUUUUGAACACCUGUGGCACGCUCCAGAAGGCUUCCUCCGAAUGGCUCUGUAAAGACCGGGUCAUGUCGUUUGUUUUGUCGUGCCAAGUAGGAUACGAUUGCAGCCCGCUGGACGUAUCGUAUCGGGGCGCCUUCAAGGCAGCCCCUGCCAUUGCGGAGAUAGACCUCCGUUUCAGUUACUCUGCCCUCAUCACGAUGGCGUUGCUGUGUGCACCACUUCCAUUAUCCACUAUACCGUCCCUUCAGGGAGUCCUAGAGAAUGCUGUGGCGUUUAUCCAGCGCUGCUGGAACCCACACGAGGGCGGCUUUGGCGCUGUGCCGGGGGCCGAGUCACAUGGAGGCAUGACGUUCUGCGCGGUGGCCUCCCUGGCCCUCGCCGGCGCGAUGUCUUGGCUGACGCGCAGUCGCCGUCAUUCACUGCUGCGGUAUUGCACCGCCCGCGUGGCGGCGGGCCCUGGCGUGGAGAAGUUUGUGGGAGGUGUUGGGGCAAUACCGCCGCCUGUUGGAUAUCAGGGAAGGCCGCAGAAGGACUGCGAUACCUGUUAUGCACACUGGAUCGGCUCCACUCUCGGCAUCCUUCACGCCGAUGCCAUCGCCCUCGUGGAUCCGCUCCCCAUCGUGCGGUUCAUAAAUGCCUGCACCAACUGCAGAAAGGGUGGUAUUGCGAAGUGUAUUGACAUGAGCGCAGACGUGGUUCACUCCUGCCUGGGGCUUUCAGGCCUCCUUCAACACAUUCAACCCCUCAACACGCCACUCCUUCGGCCGCCGCACCCGGUGUACGGCUGUUCGUGGGUAACGGCACGCCAAACGGGGCUUCCGAAUCUCGUGGAUCCCGUGACACCAACUCUAUCAUCCUUUUAUGACGAUUCCUGA